UCAACCCUCUGACAAAACCCUCCAAUCUCUACAAUGGAUAACAUCCAUGGAUUCUGUGGUUGCGUUCUUUACACUUUUUACAACUGCCUUUAGUACUUAAGGUACUUGCGGGAGUGAGCAGGGGCGGAGAGUGGUGAGAAAGGGAGGAGAGGGGUAAGCACAGCGACUGGAUGGGGACAGACUCGGACGGGAGUCCUCGCCGCAGGAUCGAUCCUGCCCGAUCCUCCGGGCUCCAGCAUCACCGCGGCGGUUCCAGCUCUACAACUGUUAUAUCUAUCCUCUGGCACUACUAAUACUAGUAGCACUCAGCAUUCCACAAAUUUUCAUGCGCCCCUAACACAAGUCCCGGGUUUUCGAGCACACCAGUGGUUAGAGUCUUGCAGCACAAUGCAUGUCAUGCUCGUCGUCGCAGAUACUGCGCGGGAACGUCGGCGCGCCCAGAAUCGCAUUGCAAAGCGUCGAUUUCGCGAGAAACAGAAACGUCAACGUCAAAGUACCCUCGGGAAGCGCGAAACGGGGUACCUACCUGAGCACGAGCAUGCCCUUGGCCUUGCCCGACAUCACUCCGACAGGACAAGUUUGCCUGGACCAGAUGACAAUCGCUGGCCGCCCGAGCGCGGUUUUACAACCAGCCAAACCGCAUGCCCCUCCUUACCUACCAACCAUGUCAGCACAGAGUAUCUAUGUUCAAGGCCACCGCCGGUUGCAAGCUACUCCGUCAGCAAGGGUGCUCUUUUGACUUCCUACGGCCUCGUCAUGGGGAACAUUGACUUCCUCAGCUUCGCUCCGAGUCAAGAUCUUGAACCGCCGACCCAGCAACGCCCGCCGACUUUCCGCGAUGCGUCGGCGCCGUAGAGCCACGCCGCAGAAGCCCGAAAGCAAGGCGAAAUUCACAACAGCAAAAGAGAGCUGGACUCAUAUCCGCGCUUACACAGCUGGAGGCUAAGGACCGCUGAAGCUGGAGAUUCUGUGAUCCUUCCCUCCACACACGAACUGCAACUUUGGACCUGCCGAGGGGACCAGAGGAGAGUGUCGGAAAUGGCGAUGAACACAACGGAAAGCAGUGGCUUGGGCCCGCUGCACAUGGCAGCAUUCAAGGGCCAGGACUGAGGUGGAUGUCAGGUUCAUGAUAGACGAAGCCGUCACAAGCUGCCUGUGACUCGAUCUAACACACCGAUCCUGCGACUUAAUGAGGCCAGAUGAACCAUCUCCUCCCCUUAUCUGUGCUUAAAGUAUAAUCUGUAUACCUGUGUAUUGCAUCUAGAUGUGUAACCUCGCUCAUGCUCCGGUCACAGCAUUGAGAGAUCUUCAGCCUCCAGG